CAGGGCGGACAGGAGCGGCUCCGCCUCCCGGGGGUGAAAGGAAACCCACAGGCCUCCUCCCCCGCGGGACCGCCGUAUCGCUCACCUCCUUACUUCGGCGCUCACCCCCUCCCACCUUUCCCGGUUACCUUACCUUCGGUCACUUAUCGACUAAUCUCUGUCUGAACAAAACCACUUUUGUUAGUAGGGCAUAUCUGAUUUACUUUGGACUUAAGGUUACACGCGUCCGGUCAUCUAACAGCACUAUGUGAAAAAGUGCCAACUUCAGAACAUUAAUUUCAGGCUGCUUUUGGUUCAUACAGCUUGUGAUUUUAGGAUCAAGGCAAUCUCCAGAAUUAGCUGUUUUUACUGUUACCUGUUGCAAUGGAAAGCUUGCAGCGAGGAGAAGUGUAAGAAAUCUGUUGGAUUUUGGAGAUGGAAGGGGCUGCUCUCGGUGGAGCUGACCCUCCCUGACGCUGGAAGCUCGUCUGACAGGUAGAAUCACUUUAUCCUCGUCCUGGAUGGGUUGAAUUAGAUCCUGAAGUGCUGUGGAGUCAAUUUAUUGGUGUAAUAAAAGAGGCUGUACAAGCUGCAGGACUUCACAUGAGGCAAAUUGCUGGUCUUGGCAUCUCCACCCAGAGAGGAACUUUCAUUACAUGGCACAAGAGGACAGGGAAACCCUUUCAUAAUUUCAUAAGUUGGCAAGACUUAAGAAGUGCUGAACUUGUGAAUUCCUGGAAUAACUCCCUUCUGCUGAAGGUAAUCCAUGUUAUUUUUACAGUGCUUCAUUUCUUAACUGGGAAUGAUCGAUAUUUGGCACCCAGUUUUCUUACUUUUUCAACACAUCAAGCUUCUAUGAAGUUGUCAUGGGUUUUUAAAAACAUACAUGAGGCUGAAGAAGCUGCCAAAAAAAACAACUGCUGCUUUGGAACGGUUGACACAUGGUUACUGUAUAGAUUGACUAACGGUUCUGUGUAUGCUACAGAUUACUCAAAUGCCAGUUCUACAGGCAUUUUUGAACCCUUUACGAAAUGUUGGAAUCCCACUUUGUGUAAUCUACUUUCUAUUCCAGUGUCUAUUUAUCCACCAGUAAGAGACACAAGCUUCAACUUUGGAUCGACUGAUGCUGAAAUAUUUGGGGUACCUAUUCCAAUAAUGGCAAUGGUAGCUGAUCAGCAGUCAGCUAUGUUUGGAGAAUGCUGCUUUCAUCCAGGAGAUGUUAAACUGACGAUGGGAACAGGUGGCUUCUGGAAUGUGAAUACUGGAGAGCAUCUCUUUGCAUCACGGGGAAGUCUUUAUCCACUGAUCGGUUGGAAGAUUGGGGAAGAAGUUGUUUAUUUAACUGAAGGCUCUAUAUCGGACGUGGGCACUGCUGUAAAAUGGGCUCUGGAUAUAGAACUUUUCACCAAUGUAGAUGAAACGGCAGAAAUGGCACAGAGGACUGCUGAUUCUCAAGGUGUUUGUUUCAUUCCAGGUUUGCAGGUUUCUGGGGAUGACCCAUAUUUAUGUGCCUCUUUCAUGGGGCUGAAACCUUCCACUAACAGAAACCAUCUUGUUCGAGCUAUAUUGGAAUCUGUAGCUUUCAGAAACAAACUGCUUUAUGAUAUCAUUGUGAAGAAGGUGCACAUUCCUCUUCGAACUAUUCGAGCUGAUGGAGGUGUCAGUAAUAAUAGUUUUGUCAUGCAGAUGACAUCAGAUUUAAUUAAUAAGAAAAUAGAAAAACCUGCAAAUGCGGAAAUGUCUAGUCUUGGUGCAGCUUUUCUAGCAGGCCUUGCUUCAGGAUUUUGGACAGACAAAAAACAACUAAAGAAGCUAAGGCGAAUAGAAGCAGUGUUUGAGCCCCAAAAGGAUUCAGAGGAAUACAGACCUGCUAUGGAUGCAUGGCUGCAAGCAAUGAAACGCUCACCACACUGGUAGAAAUUUGUAUUUUAAUUUUAGAAUAAUUAAGACGGUUUAAUUAUUAUUUUAUAACAUCCUGACAUUAACAGGAUAGCAAAAAACCAUAACUGGAAUUUGUGAUGGUGUGUGUGGUAUUUCAGUUCCCCCCCUGCUGCUGGAUUACUUACCAUAGUGUAAUGAACCUUCCCAUCAUCCCCGUGGCAGCUGUGGUCCAGCUGCAGCAUUUGUGUCCCUUCAGUGACCUCCUCUGGGUGGCCCAGCUGCUCAAAUCCUACCAUGUACUGCCCAUGGCUGUUUUAAUUGUGAUGGGUUUUUCACUGAGCAACUCGCCUCCCUUCGGAUCUUUAAAAUCUUGCAUAUGUUCACCAUCAAGGAAGGGUAAAAGGCACAUUUACUCCCCUAGGCAUUGCUAUGAAACAAAAUGAUUGUUGGGGCUGGGUUAUGAGGAAUUCUAUUGCAUACAAAGACAUUGUUUUGGUAGUAGCCUGUUACCACCUUUUGGUUGACACCAGGCACUGUGAUCACGUUAUUUGUGCACUAGAUCAAGAUGAAAUAGAAAAGUAAAUAGGCUUUCAACACUCCAUUUAAAAAAUCCAGGAUGUUUGUAGCUGAUACUUUGUAGCUAGCUUGUAGCUCAAUUCUUAAAAAUUUUAUAAAGACCAAAAGCAACCUUAUCUGGAGUGGCCAGCACAGAUACAUUAAAACUAGUUCAGGUAUGCUAUCUAACUUGUAAAUAUCCGUACUGUUAGUAUCUUUAAGGCCAUUUUUAAAUACUAUUAUUAUUAGCUAAAAGGGAGUAAAAAGUUUAUUUUUGAAGCUAUAAAUUACUUUUGUAUUUUUUAAACAAAUAAAAUAUAAUUAAAGAAAUGUGUAGCUAAUUAUUCUUAUAUAAUUGCUUAUUUCUAAUAUUAAAUUAUUGUAAUUUUCUCAGGAUUAUGUGUAAAUCAGCUUCCAAAAUGUAAAAUGAUUAAACAUUUUAAUUUCAGAAUAAUACCAAGUUCAAGCUGUGGGUGAUGUGUAUUCCAUAGACACUGGAGAUAAGAAACGUUUAUAGAUUUAACAUCAUUGAAAGAGAGCUGAAGAACUAUAAUUCAUUUUCUUGUGCUGAUACACAGAAGGUCAAAUCAUACACCAUUUCCUUAGUUUCCUUCAAUCAUGUACCCUGAGUUGGAGCAUCUCCUCUAGCUGUGUUCAGCCUCCAUGUCAUUUACUUGUCAGCCUUAGCUUAACGUGCCAUUUUUCUUGAUCUUCUGUUACAUUCUGCCCUUCAACCUGUGCUACAUCUUGGCAAUUUUCUUUUCUCUGGGUAUCUUUCAAAUUCUCCUUAACCUUCUUUAAUGUGAAUCCUUAAAUGAAGCGCAGAAGCAAGUGUGUCUGCUGAAUUCUAGUAAUAUGCCAGGCUGUAGUGCCAAGACUCCAAUAUUAAGUCCCUCAAAGAGAUUCCCUCCACUCCUCCUUCUGCUGUAAGGUAAGAUUCUGCAGUUACAGGAUAUGUGAAACAACUGCUUUGCUUUAACACCUGUAUUCAGCUUGGGACUUUCCUCUGUCAUCACAAAGUCACUGCUGAAGAAAAUGUUCAUUAGCAAGAAGGUUCUUUCUCCAAGGCCAAGCAGAAAGGCUUUAAGUCUGGCACUCUGAGCAGAAGUUUGUGCCUCAGUCACUGUUAUUCUACAUUUUGUUCUCAUUGAGGGGGUUUAGUUUGAUCAACAUCUGCUUGGGUAUAAUGUCUCCCUACUGCCCAUUUGUUGAAGGCUCCUUGACUUAGGUUCUCUUGGUAGCCUGGAGGUUUUGCUGGGCUGAGCAGGCAGUGUUGCAGUGCUCCCAGACAGAGCUCUAAUGGGAGUUGAACCCGAUUCUGUUCAAAUCACUCUGCUGAAGGCAACUCUGCACCAUGUGCCUGAUACUCCCCCUUUAUGUGGUGAUGGUUUUCACCCUGGCAGUGGUACAACUAGAGAGAGAGAAGAUACCCGAGACAUUAUAUAGUCCUCUUGCUCCAAGUGGUGUCCUAGAGGACACACUCUGGAUAACCAUUUUACCAUUGUCACUGUUUACUUGAAGCAGGAAUUUAAGCUGUUUUCCUUUCACUAACCUAAAAUCUACAGCAGAGAAACUUCACUACAAAUUAAGGAUGUGAAAAGGCCUUGGUGUAUUUACCAGCUGAACCUUUCAAAUGGCCUGCAGAGUUGUGAGUUCUGUUGUGGAGAGGUUCAAAGUAGGGAGUCAGGCUCUGAAACAAGGAUGCCUGAAAAUCUCCCAGGAUGGACCAACCUUUGGAGAUAAGAGCAUUUGCCACAGCUUGUGACAUGAAGUUGCCCAAAGACUGAGCAGACAAACUGACAUUUUGAAGAAAUUUGAUUAGUGAUCAACACCUCUUUUGCAAGAAAAAUUGAUUUUACUUCCCAGGAAAUCCUUAAUGUGAUGUUAUCUAAAAGUGGUACCUGAUAAUUGAUUUGAAAUAAGCUUUAGAUACAUUUUUACAGGUGCUGUGCUGUCUCAAUUUUUGCUGCACAGAAGGGCAUUAAAACCAGUUUAGAACCUCACUCAUACUAACUUUUAUUUGAAAUAUGACAGCUUUUACUGCUGUCUUUUUGCUUGUAUUUAAUUUUUUUGUCUCAAGGUUGUUUUCAUCAAUUUGGAAAGUAUAUGCAAUUUUACAUUUUCUAUCAGCUGAGUUUAAUAGUAAAGGUAACAAUACAAAAUUACAAAUAUUAACUAGGUUACAGUUUUGUAAUUUUAAGAUACUCAGUUGAAAUUUAAUAUUGUACAUGGGACUGGACAGCAAUGCAGCUGAUUGGCAUGUGAAGAUUGGCAAUUCAGUUGAGAUGUGUUAAUGAUCUCUGGGCAUUCUGCCUUCACAGAUCCCACCAUGCUGAUAGUAGAUAACGUCGUAUCAGUUUGGCAGUUGUAUUGUUCAUAACAUAUAGUCCUCGUAAAUAUGUGGGGACUAUGUGGCUUGGAAAAUUAUGCCUCAUAACAAUCUUUCUAUUGUUGGAGGAAUCUUGCUUCUAUUAGAUUAAUUGUUGUAUAUCAAGGGAAAGGGCAGAUGAAAAAGUCUUCAGAUAGUUGAAAAUAAUGAGCAGCUGUACUAAUUUUGUUACAUAGCUAAAAAAAAUCAAGUCAGCUGUGUUAAAAAGCUUACUGUAAUAAACUUAACCAAGAUUUUUGAGUACUGUUUUCUUUUAAGCAGUAUUUUCUGCUCUACUCUAACAGCUGAUCUUAUGUAAAAUUAAUUCAGUUGCUCUCAUUUGUUUUUAACAAGAGCAUUUAGACUUGCUUUCCUGUCAGGAGAAAGUAAAAAGAGCAAAAUACUGAGUUGCUGAAAGCCUGCUACCUUCUACUGACAUAAUCUCUGUAGCAAGAUCCUUCAACUAGUCCCACUGUUUCCAGGAUCAGGGCACAGCACAAGAGGCUCACCAGUUGAAGAGAAAGGUAAGAACCCUUUCCUGCCAGUCAGUGGGAUUGUGUUACUGGUCUGAGCUAAAGAGUACAAUGGUGUGAGCCCCUCCUGAAACAAAGAGGUGACAAUCCUGCAGGUGAGUCGGGGAAUAUGGCAAUGCUCUGCCCCAGAAGCUGGGAGUGUGUUAGUUUAAGGCUUUAUGGGGAGUCAGGGCAGGUUGAGCAGGAGAAAAGGGGUGGUGGUGGAGGGGGAGCCUGUUUUAGGUUAAUGUUUGUGCAGGUUAUCACAGCAAGGGCUGUGGGCUGGCAGGAAAGCAGUAAAACUGGCAAAUACUGAAAAGUGCUGUAUUAUGAAAGGGGAAAGAGGUGGCAUCUAGGAGGGAUCUGACUGGCCAGGGGGAGCAAGGUGGUGUUCUAAGGCUGAGACAUCAGUGGCUUCUGGAGGGACACACGAGAGCUUCCUGCAGGGCAGGCAUAGCUGCUCAACUCACCUUGGCAUGUCUAAAAAAACCCAAUUCUAAGGGUUUUUUUUUCAAUGCAGCCUUCAUUCUGGGGUAAAAUUUGGGAUUUGUGAAAGUUCUGAAAGACUGUGUAUUGGUUUAGAAUGUUAUGUAAGUAGCAUACUUAACUCAUGCAAGUUAGUCAUUGUUUUACCACCUUCAAACUCAAUAGUGUGUGUAUAUAUUUAGAUGUGUAGAUGUGUGUAUAUAGACUUUGUCUGCAGUUUGCUGUUGAAAGCAAAUGCAAACUACAGCAGUGACCUUCCUUCUGUUUCUCUCCUUGGGGGUUAAAAUGGCUAUUUUUCAUGUUGAUAAUCAGUUCCAGUAUCUGACUUCAGCUCAUCAGUGUUUCUUGCAAAUAAAGAAAAUAAACCAUUGAAUCAAAAA